AUGGAGUCAAUUCUCAUUCAGCAAGCCAACUCAGCACCCAACGCAACUGCGGUGGUGGAUGAUACCCAUAUCAUCAGUUACCGAGAACUCAUCAUGAGAGCGGAUGUCCUAGUUGAUCUUCUGGAGAAACGUUCUCUUCAACCAGAAAAGCCUGUCCUUACCCUCGUUCAGACGGGGCUUCCACAGGUCCUGGCCCACAUCGCCGUCUUACGUGCGGGAGGGACCUGUGUUCCUGUUGAUCCAGCCGCACCUCCGAAUCGAAUCAAAGGGAUGCUUGAAGAUCUCGAUACGACGCUCCUAAUUACCAGCGGUGACUCUGAGCUGUCGGCCCCCAAUGUGACUGUCAUCCCCAUUGAAGCAGCUCUGGACGCACAGGUCGACAGCAACAAUGACCAGGACAUACCUGUGCGUGCCGGUCGUCCAGAGACCCACCGAAGCCACAUUGUGUUCACAUCAGGUUCUACCGGUCGACCAAAACCAAUUCAGGUCUUGGCCAGUAGUAUCAUUCACGCAUUGAGAAACAUACCUACAGGGCCACUCGGUUCCUCUGAUAAGAGCACUGCUAUGCUGAAUCCCGGAUUCGACCUCUCUCUCCUUGAGAUAUGGAAACCCUUAUUGGACGGGGCGACAGUGGCGCACGUACCGCACAUCAUACGGAACGACCCUUUUGCGCUACAGAAUUUUGUGAAGGAACAGAAGAUCAAGUUCACAAUCGUACCCACCGCCCUUUUCGAGGUGAUUGCGCUCACUGCACCGGAGGCUUUCCAUGGAGUGCGGCAUGUCAUCGUCGGCGGAGAGGCUGUCAGCAGCAGUGCUAUGCGUACUGUCCUUGAGGCAGGUCCACCAGAGAACCUGUGGAAUGUAUAUGGCCCUGCCGAAACGACUAUCUAUGUCACCAUGGCCCGGGUAGAUCACCAGGAGGCGCAACGCUCGCGCAUCACUAUCGGGCACUCUUUCGGCGACAUGAAGAUUUUCCUCCUUGAUCAUGAUCUGCAAUUUAUCAACGAGCCGAGUGUCACCGGGGAACUCUGCAUUGCUGGGCCUCAAGUGUCGCCUGGAUAUCUGAACCGAGAAGAUGAGAACGAGAAAAGCUUUGUUUCGGUGGACGUCGACGGUACGUGCACACGAAUGUACCGUAGUGGAGACCUGGCACAGUGGCGGGACAAGGCAGGGGGUUCUUUGGAGUGCAUCGGCCGGGCCGAUGACCAGAUCAAGAUUUCGGGCUACCGCGUUGAGCUUGGGGAGGUGUCUCGUGUGAUUGAGGAACAUCCGCGUGUCCACUCAUGUGUGGUGAAUUACCAGAAGGAGAGUGGAGCGGAAUAUCUGGAAGCAUACGUCGUGCUCGGUGACCAGGAGCUGGAUCUCGACACAGAGGAGCUGAUUGACUGGACAAAGAAGAAGCUCCCUCCCUACAUGGUACCAAGCAAGGUCUUCAAGAAGCAAUCAUUCCCUCUCACCUCGAAUGGGAAAGUUGAUCGCGAAGCUCUGGUAUCGGGAAACAGUGAAGACGAGACAGCCACCCCUCAUGAAGGGACGCCAGAUGAGAGCGAUGGCGAUACCGGGGACUUGUCUACAUGGCUGGCUUCUGUCCUCGAGCCAAUGCUCCCUUCAUGGAGUGGAAACCCCUCGGACGACUUUUUCUCCCUCGGACUAGGCUCCCUUCAGGCAGCCCAAUUCAUCGGUCGUAUUCGACGUGACCAAGGCAAGCCGAUCUCACUCGCACAGCUUCACAGUCACCCAACGAUCAAGACCCUCGCAGAAUUCUUAGCUGGUCCUUCUGCCGAAGACAAUCCAGAGUCCGGAAUCGAGCGGUGGAAGCACGAUCUAAAGGAUUUGGGCAAUUUUAACUUGCUUUCAGAUUGGCGGGACGCCGACGAAGGCCGAGUAUUCCUCACUGGGGCCACUGGAUUUUUGGGUGCGCAUAUAUUGCAACAACUUGUAUGCAUGCCCGAGGUGAAGCAGGUGGCUUGUCUGGCACGUGGUCAAUCUGGGGCCAGUGCCAGCGCUCGAAUCCAGCGAACCCUUGAGAAAUACAAUCUAUGGGACAGUCGGCUGGAAAAGACAGAGAAGAUUAUGGUCCUGGAGGGCGAGCUGACGGAUCCAAACUUGGGUCUUGGAGAGAGACAGUUCGAUUGGCUCGCAAACUGGGCCAGCGUCAUCUUCCACGUGGGCGCGCGUGUCAAUUGGUGUGAACCUUACGAGACGCACUAUGGGCCCAAUAUACUUGGUAUGAGCCACAUGAUCCGCGCUGCAACCCUGGGUCGCCGAAAGCCAUUACAUUAUGUCUCAUCAAUCGACGUGUGGAGCGUCAGUGGGUUUAUCAACAAUGUGGAUCGUGUGGAUGAAGAUGAGCCGCUCAUGCCGCAUAUCAAUGCCGCUCCUUAUGACACCGGAUAUUCCGCCAGCCAGUUCGUCGCCGAGGAACUGCUCCAGCGGGCGCGAGCCCAGGGAUUGCCCACAGCGAUCUAUCGGCCGGGAUUCAUCGUCGGUCACAGCCAAAACGCCAUUGCCAACGCGAACGACUAUUUUUCCCGCCUGGUCAUGGGUUGUAUUCAGAUAGGGUACUUCCCUGAUCUUGCUAGUCAGUACCUGGAGUAUGUCACUGUUGACUAUGUCACUUCGGCCAUUUUGCACAUCGCAUCUGAUCUGAGCAAUCUGGGCCGGGCAUAUCACGUUGUGCCCCCCGACCGCCGCGAGUCGGUCACUUACGAACAAAUCCACCAAAUGCUCCAAGACCUCGGUUAUCCCGUUCAGAAAAUCGACUACAAUGACUGGGUGGACAAGGUCCGUGAGUCACCAGGGAAUGCGCUCGAAGCGAUGAUGCCAUUACUUGAGGAAGACGUCUACGAAGGCAUGUCUCGGUUGCAGACUAGCAAGAACACGCCUCUAUACGACCCGCGAAACACAACUCUCGCCCUGAGAGACACCCAGUGUAUGGAAUAUGUUGCUCUCAAUUCAGAUUUGUUGCAGCGGUUUAUUCAGAACUGGGUGGAUAAAGGAGAGUUCACUCUCGAGUCUGGUCGCGCUGAGAGAGGCUGA